UUUUUUUUUCGGUUCUAACAAAGAUUAGUAAUAGUUCAAGAAACCAGUCGAAAUCUCGCAGUGAUCUCGAUCGCUUAGGUGUACGAGAUUUAGAAUCAUCGAAAGGAAAUAGAACCGGCAGUUUUUACAAAAACCCGAUAGAUUUUUUUAAACAAUUCAAAAUGUUCGGCUUAAUGGAAGCAGAUUUUCUAGAUGAUGUGCGGCGGAUGAACAAAAGACAGCUGUACUAUCAAGUUUUGAAUUUUGGUAUGAUAGUAUCUUCAGCCUUGAUGAUAUGGAAAGGUCUAAUGGUAGUCACAGGGAGUGAAAGUCCUAUAGUGGUAGUUCUCAGUGGAAGUAUGGAACCUGCAUUUCACAGAGGAGAUCUGUUAUUCCUAACCAAUCACAGAGAGGAACCAAUCCGUGUCGGAGAGAUUGUUGUGUUUAAAGUAGAAGGCAGAGAUAUUCCUAUUGUACACAGAGUGCUUAAAGUUCAUGAAAAAGAAGACGGAGCAGUGAGAUUUUUAACAAAGGGAGAUAAUAAUUCAGUAGAUGACCGAGGACUUUAUGCUCCAGGACAGUUAUGGUUAGAGAAAAAAGAUGUUGUAGGAAGAGCUAGAGGAUUUGUACCAUAUGUUGGAAUAGUGACUAUUUUAAUGAAUGAUUAUCCUAAAUUUAAGUACGCCAUAUUAGCCUGUCUUGGACUGUUUGUGUUACUGCAUAGAGAAUAGAUCUGUUGGUUGAUAAAUGGGCAUUGUAUGAAAGAUCAUCAGACAUAAAUAAAUCAUGUCAGCAAAUUUAGUGCUUAUAAAAACAAUUCGGUGUCAGGCAAUAUCAUUUUCAGUUUCGAGCAGUCAUGUUAAAUGUAUGAGAACCAUUAUAAUACAUUUUUUGUAAAACACAUAUUUACUAGUUUGACAUAAACAAAACAAUCAAAUUAGAUUUUUUAUGAUAACAAUAUUAUUGAAUAAAAUGUGUAUUUGCAUUGGUUUUUGUGGACUGUAUUCAGAUCUUGUUUGUUAUAUUGUAAAAAGACUUGCACCUGGGGCUGUUGUCUCCUUGACACAUUCCCUGUGUCCAAUCUUAAUUUUACAGCAGUAUAAGCAACCAAUUUAGCUCACCCUUUUUAAAGGACACCAAAAGUAUUCAGACCUGUAACAUAUAUGUGAAUUACAAUUUAAGUAAACAUUGACAAAUAUAUUUUGCUCAAUAGAAUAGAUAAGGUGAAGCUAAUGGUCAUUAAAAUCAGUUUUUUUUAUUGAAUUUAAUAUUCAACGUUCAUCAUAAGUAGUUUUCCUUUUACAUACUCUAACAAUGACAUCUUUGGUGCUUUCUAGUCAUUUAUAAGAAUUCAUUAAUAUUCAGUGGAUACUAAUUUUCAUGGAUUUCGUGGGUACAGGAGAACCACAAUUCAAAUAUUUUACAUGAAUAACAAAUUUCCUAAAAUAAUGUGUGCAGACUUUUGCAAAACCACAAAAUUAAAUAUCUACGAAUAUCCAAAUUUUCCCCAAACCACGAAAAUUGGUACCCACGAAAAUAAAUAAAUCCACAGUACUGUGUUACAUUUAAAGUUCUGUUGUGUGAAUGUUGUAGCUGCAAAACUGUUAAUUUGAUUGAUGACAAUACAAAAAAAACCUGAAUUUUUUUUUCAUUGAAUUUUGUAAGUUUUACACUGUAUGAAUGCAAACGUAGUAGAAAAUUUAAAUGGAGAGCCUUAGUGUACAUUUUUUUUUUUGAAUUUAUACCCCUGUAGGUAUGAAUUUUUUAUCAUUAUUCAUUUACUAAAUUUGAACAGAGUUAUAACUCAUAACAAUAACACACUGUUUGUUUUAGUUAACAUUUAAUCUUCAUCACAUAGUUUCAGUCUAUUUCAGUAAAUCAUCAAAUUAAAGAGUGCAAAUACCCCACUGUUAAGUAUAUCAUCUUUUACAGAAUUGUGUUUAAGAUAUUAUUUUAAGUUUUCAGUUAUGAUAGUUAUUGCACAAUACAGUAUGUUUAAAAGAUAACCAUAGAAAAUACCAGUGUUUUUGUUUAUUGAGCUUGUUAACAUGGUAAAUAAUCUUAUUUUUCUAUAACAUUUCCUGACUGGAAAUAUUUUUUUGUCAUGUGUAAUUAAAUAUUCAAUUAUCUUUUUACUACAAUGAGAGAUUUGUCUUGUAGCUUUAUGUCAUGAUACAAUUUUUUUGUCUGUCAAGAUACUUAGUAAUGAAAUGAAAAUACUACUGAAAGUGUUCUAUUCAGGAUUUGAAAAGGGCUAGGAUCUAGUCAUAAAAAAUUUAUGAAUAAAUGUCAUUGAAAAAAGGGCAAUUAUUUAAGCCUCAAAAUAAAUUAGCAAAUAACUCAGGCACUAUUUUACAAUCAAGUUUCAAUUAAAAUAGUGUUAUAAAAUUCAAUACUUUUGGCAAGGGCGUCAAUGUGCCCCGUUCAAACUUUGUAGCUAGAACAUCUUGAGUCUCAAAAUGCAGAAUUCUAAUGUACAUUUAUUACAGAAUCAUUUAGAAAUACUCAAAAUUGAAGUCAAAACUACAGACUUUUGAUGAGGUUAAACAUUUUCUUGGCCACUAAAGCUUUUUUUUAAGUAUGCAAAACCUAUUUGUUUUGAUUAUUUUAAAAUUUAUUGUACUUCUUUAUAUUACAACUUGAAAGAAUGUAGUAAUAUAUAUAUUUGUUAUAUUUUGUCAAAGAAAAUUUGGUUACUGGAAAUAAAAGAAUAAAAAACUAGUAA